AUGCAAGUGUACAACCUCAGGGAGAACUUUCGGGCUGUUAGCGAAUUGUCUCGUCCAGUAUUCAACGACAUUUGUCAUCUAAAACGUCGACGAUCGUCUCAGCUCGCUGAUUCUACGGCAAAUUUUAAAGCGACCAAAGUUAUUCAUCUUACAAGGGAUAUGUUGUUGGUAACGUUACUAAAACUCUGUGGUGAUGUUGCUCUAAACCCUGGCCCUGUUCAACUAAAUUUGCAAUCGCCAAUAUCUAAAGGUUUAAAGAUCUGCCACUGGAAUAUACAACGGCUUACAACAACCAAACAAGACGAAAUAAAGAUUAGCCUCACGGAAAAUUCGAACAAUUCUAACAAGAUCGAUAUUCUGUUUUUAUCGGAGACAUUCUGCACGAACAAGACUCCUGACUACCUAUACGCUAUCACGGACUAUAAAUUAUUUCGUAAGGACAGAAUAGGUAAGCUCGGCGGAGGGGUUAUGGCGUUUGUACAUAAAGAUCUGGAAGUUGAACGGCGAAUCGAUAUGGAGGACGAUGACUUAGAGGCACUGUGGCUAGAAGUUAACCCGCACAAAUCUAAUAGAUCAUUGUUCGUUGCUGGGGUAUAUCGUCCGCCAUCAUCGAAUGUAGAUAUGGACAAGAAACUUGGUAGAAAUAUUGAGAAUGCGAAACUGCGUAAUAAAGAGCUUAUUAUCAUGGGGGAUCUUAACGUUGACUAUAUGACACCUGAAAAGUUUUGUAAACAAAAACUAAUGAAGAGCUUGUUGAAUCUUAAUCUGUCCCAGUUGGUAAAUCAAAUCACAAGACCUAUGUCGCAAUCAUGUCUGGAUCAUAUAUGGUGCAGUCACCCAGAACGAAUCAGACAGGUAG